CAAAUUAUUUAAAGGAGCCGCUACCCUUUUUUUAAUCACAGUAGCUUCUCUUCCUCAUUGCUCUGCUCUGUCUUAUUUGAUGUCUCUUGACUCUUAUUAUUGUAUUUUAAACGUUGUCUUUCAUCACGUGAUGGUUCCUCAGUACCCCGGAUCUUUGAGCAACACUCGGUGAUUUUGUGGUGAAAGAUGGCAGCAGUAUCGGUGUGUUUCUUCCUCUUCUUCUCGGUGCUGUUUUGCUCCAGCCGAGCGAAGUUCGAGCCGAACUGGAGUUCGCUCGACAGCCGGCCGCUGCCCGAAUGGUUCGACCAGGCGAAGUUCGGCAUCUUUAUCCAUUGGGGAGUUUUCUCCGUGCCAAGCUUCGGCAGCGAGUGGUUCUGGUGCUUCUGGCAGAAGCAGAAGCUGCAGCCGUACAUUGACUUCAUGAAGAAGAAUUAUCCUCCAGACUUUCAGUAUCAGGACUUCGCUCCACAGUUCACCGCAGAGUUCUUCGAUGCCAAAGAGUGGACCGACAUCUUCGCCUCAUCGGGAGCAAAAUACAUCGUCCUGACCACGAAACACCACGAAGGUUUCACGCUGUGGGGCUCGAAGUACUCGUGGAACUGGAACUCAGUGGACGUGGGUCCGAAAAGAGAUCUGGUACACGAGAUGUCGACGGCGUUGCGAGCGAACAGCGACCUGCGGCUCGGACUGUACCACUCUCUGUUCGAAUGGUUCAACCCACUGUUCGAGCAGGACGCUGCUAACGUCUUCACAACAAACCUCUUCCCCACCAGUAAGACGCUGCCUGAGCUGUACGAGCUCAUCACGAAGUACAAACCCGAGAUUCUGUGGUCGGACGGAGACGGAGACGCUCCCGACUCGUACUGGAACAGCACCGGCUUCCUGGCCUGGCUCUACAACGACAGUCCUGUGCGCGACACCGUGGUGACGAACGACCGCUGGGGCUACGGAACCAUCUGCAAACACGGAGGUUUCUACACCUGCAGCGACCGAUACCUGCCCGGACACCUGAUGAAACGCAAGUGGGAAAACUGCAUGACCCUGGACAGGAAGUCGUGGGGAUACCGACGCAACGCAGUGCUCAAAGACUACAUGACCAUCCAGGAGCUCGUAACCAUGCUGGUGGAGACGGUGUCCCUUGGGGGGAACCUCCUGAUGAACGUGGGUCCGACCCCCGACGGGAGGAUCCCCCCCCUCAGCGAGGAGAGACUCAGACAGAUGGGUAGCUGGCUGCAGGUCAACGGGGGGGGGAUCUAUAACACCACGCCAUGGAGGGCGCAGAACGACAGCCGGACCCCUAACCUGUGGUACACGUUCAGACCGCAGGACAAAAUCAUCUUUGCCAUUUUCCUGGAGUGGCCCAAAGAUGGAUUUGUGGUUCUGAGUGAACCUGUGCCUGAACCUGGUACUCAGGUGGAGCUGCUGGGAGUCGGGCCCAUGAAGUGGGAUAGAGCGCCCUCUGGUGGAGGUCUUAUUGUCCAUCUGCCCCCCCUCACACCCAGAGAGAUGCCCUGUGACUGGGGCUGGACCCUGAGGCUGAGAGGGGCCAAGUGAACAGGAAGUGACGGAGCAGACACAGGAAGUGACAAAGCUGCGAGAUGUGUUCAAAUGAGUUGAAACGAAGAUUAAAAUGAUCGGGAAAGUAUUGUUGAUGAGGAUAUUUCAUGUGGUGAAAAGUACUUCUGUAUCUUCAUUAUUUUUGCUAAUUUAAAUUCUACUUCAGUUUGGAAGCACGUUUUGUGCUUUUAACUGCAAUUAUUAUACAUUAGUUACUUUACAGAUUUAAGAUCAGGAAUGUGGAACAAGAAUCCAAAAUGUAAGAAACGGUUCAAAGGAUCAGCUAAAAGUGAGCUCAAAUGAAUGGACAUUCUUUGUUGUCCCUUGCCGGGUUCUUACGGUCAUUAAAAACCUGGAAAAGUCAUGGAAAUUCAAAAAGCUGAUUCCAGGCCCUGGAAAAGUUUUGGAAAACAAUAUUUUUCCCAAAGUUUUGAAAAAGUCAUGGAAAUGUAACUAAAGUCGCAUCAAAUAUAAUUAAUAUUUUAUCUAAUCCCCGAAAUAGUGAUACUCUAAUGAUAAUAAAUACUGUAUGGUGUAGUAAUGAAACGUAGAAUGGCAUUUAACUGACGAGGUGUUUCGCUGGUGAGAGAUUUGAGUUGCUUUAGCGUAGAAGCUAGUAGGCCUAUUGGAUUUGUUUUAGAUAGACACAACAUGUUUCAGAUGCAGACCAUAUUUUCCUGUUCCAUGUUAAAAUAAACAAUUUUCAGUGGAACCG